CCUUUCAUUUCACGUGAUAAAAAAAAUUGUAAGUUUAUUUCUAAUUUUUUUUUGUUUACGAUCUUCGUUUUAUGUAAGAUAUUUUCGAAUUUUGGUUUGCAACCCCGUUGAAAAUUUUUUUUUGAUUUAGUAAUGAGUGUGGAGUCUGGAGCAUGAGCCAGAUGGAGAGCUACCUGACGAAGCUGUACCACGUGCUGGACCCGUACUGCGACCAAGGCACGGGCGACGACCCGCUGUCCCUGCAGGCGCGCAUCGUGGACGGCCGCAGGCUGCUGAACGAGAUGAAGGUGGCCCUCAGGACGCUGGAGGACCGGGGCCGGGUGCUGGAGAGGAGGGUGGCCAACCUGCGUGCCGAGAACUCCAGCCUGCACGAGAAGCUGCGGGCCUCGGCGAGGGGGGACCAGGAGGACAAGAGGAGGAGGAGGAGGCCCAGCAAGUCGCUGAGGGACGUGGCCCUGCUGGCGGCCGCCGACGGGGACCGGCGUCGCGCGCGCGCCUCGACGCCGGAGCUGCUGCCGCCGCUGAACCUGGCGGAGGUGACGACGCAGACGGACGCGAGGGACUGCUGGUCGGACGCAACGAGGGCGGACCCGGCCCGCAGGCUCGUGAGGACCGGCCUGAAGGAACUGGAGCUCCGGCUGAAGGAGCUGGCGGCGGCGGCGGUCCGGCGACCCGCGGCGCCCGAGCAGAGCCGCGAAGACGUCCUCCGCCUGAAGGAGGUGCUAGAGGGCAAGGACCGGGCGGCGGAGCUGGUCGCAGCGCUGACUGAGCUGCAGGCGGAGCUGGCGACCUUGAUGGAGCACUCCGACGCGGACCCCGUCCCCGAGAUAACACCGACCAGCGGUCAGUGACGGUGAUCCGUCAUCUCCAGUUGUCAAUAGUUCCGUUAGCACAGUCCGCGCAAUGUGUCGCUAAAGACAAAGUAUAAAACAAACAAAAAAAAAAAAAAAGUAUCGUGACUUUUGAGUAUUUUUUUUCUUUCAAGAACACAAUAAAGCAAUUAGGAAUUGUGAACUAA